AAAAGAGACCUGGUGUUGGGAGAAACAAAUCUGUGAAAAAGGCUUUUGACGAUGCGUUUGAGUCUGUUUUCCGUGAAAUAAAACAAAAAACUCAGGAUUAUCCACUUACACUGAUUUACUGCUGUGGCAGCAUGGACUGGGUGGGAUACGGGUUUGAACUUGCCGAGAGAAUCUUUCGAGACAGUAUAUAUGGUGGUGAUGGACACAAAUGUGCAGAGAAUCUAAGGGUAGUCAUGUUACAUUCUGCUUUGGAAAAAGGAGAUGAGCUCAAAGAUAUCAUAUUUAAGAAUUUGGCAAAGGAUCCCAUAGAGAAUCCCCUGAAAGUUGUUAUUGCUACAGUAGCACUAGGGAUGGGGGCAGACCUGCGUCAUGUAGCUCAGGUGAUUCAUGCUUGUCCUCCCCAAAAUCUGGAACCAUACAUACAGCAUAUUGGCCGUGGUGGACAAAACAGUGAAAUGCAGUGUGAAGCCAUUUUGUACUUCAAUAGCAGUGACUUGGGGCGUCUAAACAUUUCAAAGGAAAUUAAGGAGUAUUGCAGGAAUGACACACUUAAUUUGUAG